AUUCAGUUUCGCCAUUUCAAAGUGAUGAAAAUAUUAUAUUUCAACAUGAUUGGGUAUUCCUUGAACCAAAAAACUAUCACAAACUAGACGCCGGUAAUUAUCACUGGGAUUUCGAGCUUAUUCUACCUGGCUCAUUACCUGAAACAGUUGAGGGAUUUGAAAAUGGUUUAAUUGAAUACAAACUAAAGGCAGUUGCCGAAAGGCAUUCUUUUGCUUCUUUUGCUUUAAAUUUGAACGCACAACAAAAGAUAACACUUCAACGUUGUACGUUCUUAAACUCUGAAGAUAUCUUAGAUACCAUAGUAUCUAAUAUAUGGAAUGAAAGGGUUGCUUAUGAUCUUUCAGUUGAUUCAAAAACCUUUACAUUGGGAGACGAAAUCUCACUUUUGGUCGAUCUUAAGCCUUUGACACAAUCAAUAAGAAUUCAUGAAUAUGUAUGCUCACUUCACGAAUGCGUUUCUUUCACCGUUGGCUCUAAUCCAAGAGCCUCAUGCAGAGUUAUUAGCACUAUAAGAGGCAAUAGCCUUCAUUGGAAUGGAGCAUUUUGGUCAGAUUUAUUAAAAAUCACAAUACCUCAAUCAAAAAAUACAUGCCUUUAUGAUACAGAAAAUUCAAUAAUUCAAAUAACUCAUCAAUUAAAAAUAAGCAUAAUUUUUAUGGUUUACGAAAAUCGACUUGUUGAACUAAGAGCCCAAUUACCGAUUAUAAUUACACUGAAAAAGGAUGAUAUGGAAUUACCUGCUUAUAAGGAAUAUGAUCCUUACCCCAUUCAUUUAUUACAUGGAGUUAGAGAUCACAUUGAAAAUAUUGAAAAUAUCGAUUUUUCAUUACCUUCAUAUAAUAGCAUUAAUACUGAUGCACCCCCUUAUAUAAUGGAUCUGACACCCCCUUAUAUAAUGGAUCUGACACCACCUCCACCAAUCCAUGUC